CACAAAAGGGAAUAUACUGAACAGAACUAAUAUCAACAAAAUAUUUCUCCAGUGUUUUCUGUAAAACUGUCUGGGUAAUGCUGGAAAAAUUCAACCAGAAUUUGUUUUAUUUGGGUAACCUAUGCUGAGCAUUUUUGUUUCUUCUAUAUUGAAACUAACUGUAAUAGAUAGAACCAGAGCAUGUUUACAGUAUGUUCAUAAGACAUGAGAUAAUCUAAAAAUAAAACUCACCUUUGUGAAGUCGACAGAGAAGCAGACAAAAGAGUUGUGGUAGACUGAGGCUGAAACUAUUUAAGGCUGUAAAGAGUCCAGCCUCAUGAACCAAGUUAUCCAUUUAUGGUUGUGUACAUCAGAAAGGCGGGUCUACAAAGCCCACACCAGUAUAUAAAACUUAUGAAAGAUUUGAGAAAUUCAUUUUAAAAACUAACACGAAAGGAAGACACUAUCAACUGCAAUACUGCAAUAACCAUGGCUGCCUGUGACAAAGAUCCACUGCGCUUGGUCCUCCUGGGCAAGACAGGGGUUGGCAAAAGUGCCACAGGAAACACCAUUUUCGGUGAGAGAGUAUUCAAAUCUGAAGCAAGAGCCAUGUCUGUUACAAAGAAAUGCGCAUCUGAAACAAGAAUUAUCAACAGUAUUACCAUCAUUGACACACCUGGUUUAUACGACACAACAAUGUCUGCUGAGUUCAUUAAAAAAGAGACUGUGAGAGGUGCACAAAUGGUAGCUCCUGGUCCUCAUGCAUUUCUUCUUCUGCUUGAUGUGAGGCGUCACACUGAAGAGGAGAGAAACACUGUCAGGAAAUUUCAAGAAAUCUUUGGUGAUGAUGUGUGCAAGCAUAUGAUUGUGGUCUUCACUCAUGGAGAUGACCUUGAGUUUGACAAUAAAACCAUAGAACGCUACAUCCGUGAAGCUGGAUCUCCCCUUCAGGACCUAAUAUCUGCAUGCAAACAGAGAUACCAUGCGUUUAACAACAGGUCGCAGGACCGUACCCAAGUAGAUCAAUUCCUGCAAAAGAUUCAUGAGAUGCUGAGGGGAAACAAUUAUAGUUAUUAUAGCUAUGAUUUGUUUUCAAAAGCACAGGCUCUCAAAGCAGCAGAAGCAAAUGAAAGAGAGUGGCGACGAAGAUAUUCAGAAUUAGAGCAACAAGCGCAGAUUUCAGGAAUAGGAAUAUUGUGCAUUAUACUAUAAUGGAGACUGUAUGAUGAUGAUCUCCUUUAGAAAGACAAAAGCUGAGAAUAUAAAAGAAAUUGAUUUUGAAGUAUCCAGUUAAGAAAAAUGUCUAAACAAAAAUACUGAAAAACAGAAAUACUGUUAAGUGCUACAAUUUUAAGGAUCUUUCUGUCUAAUUGUAUUUGAUGUAACAUGCUACUAUAAGCACUGAUGAU